AUGACCAUCACAAUGACAAAAAAAGUAAGUGAAUGCCAGCCUGAAACUGUCCAGUUUAUGCCUAUGGAGAAAGUGGAGGAGGAAUGCAUUACUGAUAAGGACUAUUGCAGUGGAACUACAUUACUCAGAAGAGGCAAGAGGCUAGAAGAUAAUAACAAUUUAACAAAGGAAGAUAUUUUGUACAUAAACUACAAGCAGCUUCUAAAAUAUGAAGAGGCUCCAGCUUAUUUGCAGCAUAACCCUUACAUAAGAGAUGGAUAUCGCAAGUUAUUACCUACUAGACUAUGUUGGGAGAGUAUAUUCUGGUGGACGAAUGAAACCAUGAACAUAUGGACGCAUAUAUUCGGUUUCUUCCUCCUGCUCUCCCUGACCAUCAACGAUCUCGUCAUUAUAAACAUACACGCCACUUUAACGGACAAGACAGUUGCGGCGAUAUUAUUCUCCUGUUUCCUGGUGUGCAUGGCAUUAUCGGCUCUAUAUCACACAUUCUCAUGCCGAUCGGAGACCGAUUAUAACACGUUCUUGAUGUACGACCUCUUCGGUAUAGCGCUAUCGUUACUCGCCAUUUACACUUCCGGUGUCUACUAUGCGUUUUGGUGUCAUCAUGAACUGAAGACGUUCUACAUGAUCACAGUGACCGUGAUAUUUGGUGUGGCGAUGGCGUUGCAAGUGCCGCGCUUCAACGUUUCCUAUGCCGUGAAGAUGUGCGUGUUCAUCGGCUGGGCGGCGUACGGAGUGCUGCCCACCUUUCACUGGACCUACGUUAUGGGCGGAUUUGAUAACCCCAUGGUUCAGAUUUUCUUUCCCAGAGUAAUUGGCAUGUACGUCAUCAGUGGAACGGCGUUCGCCAUUUACGCCUUCAAGAUACCAGAACGCUGGUUUCCUGGCAAGGUGGACUACGUUGGCCACUCUCACCAGUGGUGGCACAUACUGGUGCUGGGCGCUUUGUACUACUGGCACAACUCCGCCAUGAUCUACGUGCAGUACCGCAUGAACCACGGCUGCGCAAACACCAUGCGGAUAUUCUAA